GCGGGCAGCGCAUCCAAGCCCAGCGCCUGCGCGUACUUAAACGCACUCGGAGCAGAGACCGAGCGAGCGGCCUGAACAGUCCCAGCUUGUGACACCAUCUGGACCACGCGCCACUACAAGCUUCCCAGCAUGGAGAGCGAAUGCCGGGUGCUCUCCAUCCAGAGCCAUGUUGUCCGCGGCUACGUGGGCAACAGAGCGGCCAUGUUCCCUCUGCAGGUUUUGGGAUUUGAGGUUGAUGCCGUGAACUCUGUGCAGUUUUCAAACCACACAGGCUAUGCCCAUUGGAAGGGGCAGGUGCUGAAAUCCCAGGAACUGCACGAGCUGUAUGAAGGCCUCAAGUUGAACAGUGUCAACAAGUAUGACUACGUGCUCACUGGUUACACGAGAGACAAGUCCUUCCUGGCCAUGGUGGUGGACAUCGUGCAGGAGCUGAAGCAACAGAACUCUCGACUCGUGUACGUGUGUGACCCUGUGAUGGGAGACAAAUGGAACGGGGAAGGCUCCAUGUAUGUUCCCCAGGACCUCCUCCCCGUGUACAGGGACAAAGUGGUACCCGUGGCAGACAUCAUCACUCCCAACCAGUUUGAGGCUGAGUUGCUGAGUGGCAGAAAAAUCCACAGCCAGGAAGAAGCAUUCGAGGUGAUGGACUUGCUGCAUGGUAUGGGUCCUGACACCGUGGUCAUCACCAGCUCUGACCUACCCUCCCCACAGGGCAAGGACUACCUGAUCGCGCUGGGCAGCCAGAGGAUAAGGAAGCCUGAUGGCUCCAUGGUAACCCAGCGCAUCCGGAUGGAGAUGCACAAGGUGGGCGCCGUCUUCGUGGGCACUGGGGACCUCUUCGCGGCCAUGCUUCUGGCGUGGACACACAAGCACCCGGACAAUCUCAAGGUGGCCUGUGAGAAAACAGUGUCUGCCAUGCAGCACGUCCUGCAGAGGACCAUCCGGUGUGCAAAAGCCGAAGCAGGAGAAGGACAGAAGCCCAGCCCGGCUCAGCUGGAGCUGAGGAUGGUCCAGAGUAAAAAGGACAUUGAGAACCCCGAGAUCGUCGUGCAGGCCACCGUGCUGUGAGGGCCAUACACACUCGCCCUAACGUGCAGCGAGCUGAGGUGUCUGUCUUCAUCCCUGUGAAAAGCUGUAAACGUCUGCCUUAGAGCCGUGACUGAAACUUGACAUUGUGUUCCUUCCUGAGAGUCAGGCCUCAGCCAGUCUCUAUCGUGAACAUGUGCCAUUGUGCUAUUUCUUUUUUUUAAAAAAAUGACAAAGCCGUCGUAGAAAUAUGUGAUUGAGAUCCAUGGCCCCUUCCCCAAAGGCUCUGGGCCUCUGACUGCCUCGUGUUGCCUCACAGGUAUGUGGAAGGUUGGGGGAGGCCAUCCUGCUGCCUCUGGGCCCUUCUUUCUGUUGGCCACUGACUGCCAUUGCCCCUGUGUAUACACAAUCCCUGAUUGUGUACAGACUCUGCCUGUGUCGGCGCUGUCUUCAAAAUCGGGUUAGGUCUCAACGGUUGGCAUAGGAAGAAUUCCGCCAUUGCCAUCUUCAUUGCCAUUCUGGUCUUUCCCUUGUUCCUGCAUUAGAGUUUCUGUGUGUC